GUCUUUUUUAUCUCCUGCAACCUACAUUUCUCCAACCCCCCACUUUUUUAUUAAUCUCUUCUCCUUCUCCUUCCCAUACCUUUAGUGACAAUAGUGGUGCUUGAACACAGCAAGAGAAGUGGAAGCCAUGGCAUUUGCAGGAACAACCCAGAAAUGCAUGGCCUGUGACAAGACUGUGUAUCUUGUGGAUAGGCUAGCUGCAGAUAACCGUGUCUACCACAAAGCCUGCUUCCGCUGCCAUCACUGCAAAGGAACUCUCAAGCUUGGGAACUACAAUUCCUUUGAAGGAGUCCUGUAUUGCAGGCCACACUUUGAUCAACUCUUCAAGAGGACUGGUAGUCUGGACAAAAGUUUUGAAGGGACACCAAAGAUUGCAAAACCAGAGAAAAUUGUAGAUGGAGAGAAACCUGCAGUGACUAAAGCCUCAAGCAUGUUUGGUGGAACCAGAGAGAAAUGUUUUGGCUGCAAGAACACUGUUUAUCCCACUGAGAAGGUUUCAGUGAAUGGGAUCCCUUACCACAAGAGCUGCUUCAAAUGUAGCCAUGGAGGGUGUGUGAUUAGCCCAUCCAACUACAUUGCUCAUGAAGGGAGACUAUACUGCAAACACCACCACAAUCAACUCAUCAAAGAGAAAGGUAACCUAAGCCAGCUUGAAGGUGACAUUGACAAAAAUCAAGUGGAGUAAAGAGAAAUUCCUGCAGAAUCAUAUACCUACCUGUCUCUUCUUUCCAACUUCUACUCUCUUUGGACACUGCUGUCACCAUCAUUUUGCUUUUGAAAUUUAUGAUUUACUACUUGCCAAACGAUUUACGCUUGCAAGUCAUAUGAGUGUAUAAGCUAUUUGUUAGUAUAAUGUGUUAAUGUUGCAGUUGUGGACGCUCAGAUGGAAUGCCAAAACCUAUUUGUUUCUGGGAUUUA